GGUGGAUCCUAGUAAAGGGUCUGUUAAGCCAUCUGCAUUGCUGAUUGCCAUCACUCGAAACGACUUUGGCUACCACGUGGCCCAAGUGUAGGUUCUUGCCAGCUGACGACCGUUGAUAAGCACCCCAUCCGGACACCUAAUAAGCAGGGAGAGAGCUUUAUCUCAGUGGGGCUGUGGAUGGCUUGUGUCCUUGCUCACCACUGGUCUAGGACACACCUCCUCAAGGGAAUGCUGCCAGUUGCCUGGAAUGCUGGGGGCGUUGGGGGCAGCCUGCCUGUCUUAACACCGACUCUCCUUACAGAUGGGGCCUUUGAGGACCUGGCACAAGGCUGUGUGGUGCCGGGAGUCACCUGUACCUACAGACGGCUACCAGACAAAACUCAUGGGUGUUCACUGGACUUCAGGGAGGGACAGGGUGAGCUGAGAGAUCCGGAGGGACAGAUGCCACUUGUGAAACUGGCUUCCCAGGACUCAGGCAUGGAGAUGGUGAUGGGGGACAGCCCCUUGGCUACCUUAUCAGGACUUUCUCAAGAUUCUCUGAACCUUGAGCCCAGGGGGAGCCCUGAGUUGCCUCCUGCCCAGUUAGACCGGCUGCUGGCCAGACAGAAGCUGGAGCAGGUGCUGGAGAGGUCUCGAGUGUUUCCCAGCUUGUCGUCUGGAAGGCAAGGCUCCCUGCAGCUGCUGAAAAAGCCCAUCUUUGCAGGAGAACGGGAGUCCACUGAGGCAGACACUGAGCUAGAGGCUGGUCUGGAAGAAGCAAAGGUGGUGGGUGAAAUGGAAUCUGGAGCCUGGACCUGCCUUCCAGGGCAGGGUUUGCGUUACCUGGAACACCUGUGCCUUGUGCUGGAGCAGAUGGCAAGACUCCAGCAGCUGUACCUGCAGCUGCAGACCCAGAGAUCCUCCAGGGAUCCUGAGGAGGAAGAACUGGCUCCAGCUCUUUCAUCUUCACGUACCUCAGACCUUACAGUGCAGGGGCAUAGAGAGGAGCUAAGCCAGACAAAGGACUCAGGUGAUGUGGGUCUCUUUUCUGAAGGUGCAGAGGCAGCUUCACUCCCAGAGGUGAGGGUGCUUGUCGCCAGCCCUCCCAGGCUGCCAGAGGCCUUGCUGGAACCGACCCACAUCCUUCCACCCUCCCACGAACACAAGCAGGAUCUUUCCCACUGGGACAAAGUCAAGGUUCUGCUCAAUCGGAUCCGCUGGAGGAGUCCUCGACUUCCUGAGCCUCCUGUUCCCCCUGAUAGUUCUGGACCCAGGUUGGAGUUCAGGAACCUUUCUGAGAGGCCUCAAUGCCACUCGCACCGGAAGACCUUUAUUCCAUCACUGAUGGUUAAGAAGCCACGAACAAAAAAUCUUUCUGUAUGACCUCUUGGUGUUCCUGGUGACCUGGGGUGGAGGGGAUUUGUCAUGAAGUCCCUCACCUGUUGGCUUACUGCUGCUUCUCUGCACUGCCAGGAAAAGCUAUUGCAGGAUUGCUCCUCUUCAAAGUGAGGGCCAAGUCCUUCUCUAAGCAGCGUGGCCUAGGAGUCCUGGUUCCCUGAGGGCCCUGAAGUGCAGUUCUGGCACUCUUCCAGGGCUCUUCCUCCUUGUCAGAAAUCUCUGGGCUUAGGCAAUGUGAACUGACUUAUUUAUCAGGUGCUCGCAGAGUGUAUUCAGUAUGGUAAUGUGUCAGCAUGUUGCAGGAGAAUCUGUAAUCUUCGUUGGACUUUCAGCUGCCCAGAUUCAAUCAUCUGAUGGAACCUGCAUCCAGAGCGUUGAUGCUUUGGGUGUACCUGAAAGGAUGGCACUAAUCUUCAUUCCACAAUGGACAGUUACUGAUUCAGAUUUCCUAUUUGUUCUUCAUACCUGAGAUGGCUGCCCACGGACAGAGAACAAUACUGUCUUGGGUGUUCCUUUGUACUGAGUCAUGGCCCUGGAGCAUGGCCUUUGAAGACUGAAUGAGGAAUUGGGGGGAAGAUCAAGAACAAUGUGAGGAACAGCAAAUAACUUACAAGUUCAAGUCUAAGUUGCUGUAUUCUAUCCUGGAGUUUAGACCACGGCAAAGUCUCUUAAUUUCUGAGCCACAGCUUCCUACUUGGGAUGAUGCCUGCCUCACCUACCUCAUAAGCUUGUUAGGAGGAUAAAAUAACAUUAAACUUUCUCAAUAUG